AUGCUGAGGACCUUAAGCUCGUCGCCAAGUGAUCAAGCUUGUGCAGCUGAGUGGAAUCAUAACAGCGGCAGUGCCAAGCUGGAGCAUGCCUUGAGAGAUGUCGCAAUCUCCACUUUUCAGAAUCAGUAUGAAGAAGAUGAAAUACAUGCUACUUCUGUUGAUGUUGGAGCUCAAGUUGGUAAGAGUAAGCCUUUGAAAAACAGAGCUCAAGUCGUCAAUGAGCUGUCCUUGGUGGGGCUUGAGAGCGUCAAAGAGAGAGUGGGAGCUUUUGUUCUUGGCGUUAUCCAGAGCUUGUUUUCAUCUCAUGUCCUGUUCUUCUAUGACGACAUGAACUUUGUUUCCGAGAUCAAAGUUUCUAAGCUUUGUCGCAAGCUUAACGAGCAAAAGGAGACAGAUGCAACAAGCUUGUGA